AUGGUGCAGUUGAGAAGGACUUACGCGAGCAUGUUCGUGGUGAGCUCGCUGGCGUGCGCGUAUCUUGGCAUCACUACGAACACGCUAUUCCAGGCGAUUACUUCGACUAACGACAAGGUCGCGCACUUUGUCGUCUUCAUGUGGGAGUCGUGGCUGUUCGUGAAGAUGCUUGCCGAAGACAGCGUGGCGAUCCGCAAGACACGCAUCAGCAAGUACGUGCUGGCGGUGGCCGUGUGCUCGCUGGGCGCCAGUGCGAUGAGCGAGCUUGCCCAAAGCGUGAUCUCCGGGGGACGGCGAGUGUUCGACGUGAAGGAUAUUGUCUGUAACUUCUGGGGCAGCCUGCUUGGUGUGGGCGUUGCCUUUUACCAGGACCGGUAG